UCACGAUGAAGAUGACGAGGCAUGCGUGUCUCCUCGCUCGGGGAGUCAAUGUCAAUCAAACCUUCAUGACCAAGAACUCGGGAAACUCGUAUAUAUGCACGACCUAGCAGCGACCUCUAAAUACAGAAGCUUCUGCUCAUCUAUCAGUGGCUGAAUAUCUUGCCCAUCCAUUUGGAGCCGAACCCAGAAACGAGCACUUCCGGGAUGCAUGGUUUUGGGGGCGAGAGAGUCCCUCUGCUGCACCGAGGAGGAGGGAGAAAGAGGGAUGAUACAUUGGUUAAUGGCCAUGCCACGGACUUGGAACUCGGAGAUGCGGUGCCAGCUGCAAAUGUGGGAUUUGGCCGAGUAUUCUCACUGGCAAAGCCCGACGCGGGGAAAUUGGUCAUUGCUACAAUCGCACUCUUGAUUGCGUCCACAUCGAGCAUAUUGAUUCCAAAGUUUGGUGGGAAGAUUAUUGACAUUGUGUCGAGGGAUAUUAGCACACCAGCACAGAGAGCUGAAGCACUCCAAGCAGUCAACAGAACCAUUCUUCAGAUUUUUUUGAUUGUUGUGGUUGGUUCUGUCUGCACCGCAGUUCGAGCAUGGUUGUUUUCUUCUGCCAGUGAGAGAGUUGUUGCUCGGUUGAGAAAGAACUUAUUCAGCCACCUUAUCAAUCAGGAAAUAGCCUUCUUUGAUGUCACAAGAACAGGGGAGCUGUUAAGCAGGCUAUCUGAAGAUACACAAAUCAUUAAGAAUGCUGCAACUACGAAUCUAUCUGAGGCCCUGCGAAACCUAUCAACCGCGUUUAUUGGCCUAGGCUUUAUGUUUGCUACGUCAUGGAAAUUGACACUGUUAGCUCUCGUUGUUGUGCCUGCUAUCUCAGUUGCGGUUCGUCAGUUUGGCCGCUUUCUCCGAGAACUCUCCCACAAGACCCAAGCAGCUGCUGCUGUUGCUGCUUCAAUUGCUGAGGAAACAUUUGGUGCAAUUCGGACUGUAAGAUCUUUCGCACAAGAAGGAUACGAGAUAUCUCGCUACUCUGAGAAAGUCGAGGAGACACUUAAGCUCGGAAUCAAACAGGCUAAAGUUGUUGGAAUAUUCUUUGGGGGUAUAAAUGCUGCAUCUACUCUAUCAGUGAUUGCGGUAGUAAUAUACGGCGCAAAUCUCACUAUUAUGGGCUCUAUGACUCCCGGAGCUCUCACGUCCUUCAUUCUCUACAGCCUUACAGUGGGAUCUUCCGUGUCGGGACUCUCAGGCUUGUACACCGUAGCAAUGAAAGCUGCAGGUGCUAGCAGACGGGUGUUUCAGCUUCUGGAUCGAACUUCAUCCAUGCCUAAAUCAGGCAAUAAGUGCCCUCUAGGUGAUCAAGAUGGAGAGGUGGAAUUAGAUGAUGUUUGGUUUGCGUAUCCUUCCCGUCCCAACCAUAUGGUCCUCAAGGGGAUAACACUGAAGCUGCAGCCCGGGUCAAAGGUUGCUCUUGUUGGUCCCAGUGGCGGCGGGAAAACUACGAUUGCGAACUUGAUCGAACGGUUUUAUGACCCAAUCAAGGGAAAGAUUCUGAUCAACGGGGUACCUCUCGGAGACAUAUCGCAUGAACAUCUCCACAAGAAGAUCAGUAUAGUGAGCCAAGAGCCCGUGCUUUUCAAUUGUUCCAUAGAAGAGAACAUAGCCUAUGGUUUCGACGGCAAAGUCAGCAUUGAACAUAUAGAAAAUGCAGCUAAAAUGGCUAAUGCCCACGAAUUCAUAUCAAAUUUCCCCGAGAAGUACCAAACUCAUGUUGGGGAACGAGGAGUGAGACUCUCGGGAGGUCAGAAGCAGAGGGUAGCAAUUGCCAGAGCCCUACUAAUGAACCCGAAGAUCCUCUUGUUAGAUGAAGCCACAAGUGCUCUAGAUGCUGAGAGUGAAUACCUCGUGCAGGAUGCAAUGGACUCUCUGAUGAAAGGGAGGACGGUCUUAGUGAUAGCCCACAGGCUUUCGACUGUGAAGAGUGCAGAUGUCGUCGCCGUGGUCUCUGAUGGGCAGAUUGUUGAGAGUGGGUCUCACGAAGAUCUUCUCCGUAGAGACGGCGUAUACACAGCACUCGUCAGGAGGCAACUUCAAGGAGCCAAGACCGAUGUGUAGGUCAGGAUCACUGGUUUCAAAAGUGAGACCUGAUAUUGAACUGAGCAAGCUGUAACUUCACAAACUCAACAAACUGUCCGACUGAUGCAGCCGAGUGAGGUUUGACUGAUGCAGCCGAGUUAGGUUCAUUAUAACAUGUCACUGCGAGUACAAGCUUUAAUAGAUUCAAAGUACGGGGUCGAUAAGGAGUCGGCUCAUCAAAAACAUAUAUAAGAUUGUUGCAAUAUGUUGGGUCCACUUGUGUAACUAACAACAGUGGACACUCCCUGUGGACAGGUAUGGAAAGCUCAAUGAUUGUUUAGGUCAAUAAUUAAUCAAGUGUGAUAGUUAGGGUUUAAUGAGCUUUAUUCAAUAAUGGUCAGUGAUUAAUCAAUUAUAGACUCGGCAUGUGUCCUAUCAAUUCUCGAAAAA